UUACUUUUACAGAAGUUUAUAAUAAUUUAACCAGCUUGUUCCCUACUGACAUUGUUUCCGUGCCCCCUCCUUUUGAUUAUACUCUAGUCAACCCAAGCGCCUGCAUUACUAUGGUGCUCAAUUAUAUGAGAGCAGCUCAACAAUCUCAGAAUAGGCAUAAUAUCUUGGCAUAUGA